AUGAAGUUCCAUCCGAAUUUGCCGAACAUUUUAGGUCUUGCUUUCGGCAAUGGUAUUGUAACCUUAAAAGACAUCCAAACUGGUGAGAAUAUGAUAAGCCUUGAAAAGCAUAGCGCACCUAUAACAGGAAUCAAUUUUACAGCGAAUCAGAAAACAGUUAUAACAACAGGUUUGGACAAAAAGAUUUGUAUAUAUGAUUUCGUAAGUGGUGAAUGCGUGUUUUGUAUGAAUAUACACCAAUCUGUAACAUCUAGUGAUAUAAGUUUAGAUGAUAUAUGCAUAGCUGCAGGAUUGGAUGAUCGUUGUAUAUCUUUAUAUGAUAUUAGCAGCGGCGGCUCAAGCAUAUUAAAGAAAUUGGGUGAACUUGACUCACCAAUUAGAACUGUAGACUUUAACAGCGUAGAUGAGCAGUUGGCUAUAUCACCCGAUAAGUCGCUUAAUCUAUUUACAGAUCGUGAUUCUGAAAAUAACUUUGUGAAAACAGCAAAUUAUUCAGAGAAAUGUUCUUAUAUGAAGUUCCAUCCGAAUUUGCCGAACAUUUUAGGUCUUGCUUUUGGCAAUGGUAUUGUAACCUUAAAAGACAUCCAAACUGGUGAGAAUAUGAUAAGCCUUGAGAAGCAUAGCGCACCUAUAACAGGAAUCAAUUUUACAGCGAAUCAGAAAACAGUUAUAACAACAGGUUUGGACAAAAAGAUUUGUAUAUAUGAUUUCGUAAGUGGUGAAUGCGUGUUUUGUAUGAAUAUACACCAAUCUGUAACAUCUAGUGAUAUAAGUUUAGAUGAUAUAUGCAUAGCAGCAGGAUUGGAUGAUGGUUGUAUAUCUUUAUAUGAUAUUAGAGAUCCUCUAAAACCAUUUAUGUACACAAACGCACAUAACUGUCCUGUAAAUAAAGUAUCAUUUGAAAAGUCACCAGUUUUUAUUGAACAUCUGCGUGACAGAAACUCUGAAACUACUCUAAUGGACAGCGACUUUGGGGAUCAGUCUUAUGCGGUUCAGGACUUAUAUGAAGCAGAAAACGACCCCGAAGAGAAGUUCAAACAAGACAUAAUGAAAAUGAUUAAAACGAAUAUGGAUAAUUUGCAGGCACAAUUAAAUGAACAUUGUACCAAAUUUCAAAACUUUAUGAUAAGUGAGUUUGAUUCUAUCCAGAAUGCUAUGAACCGUUGGGAUGUUUUUAAUAUGGGUGACAAUACAGAGAUUGUGCAAGCUUUGAAUUCAGUUGGAUCUAAAAGUGUUAAAAUUGCUUAUAGUAAAAAAUCUAAUGGGAAUAGUUAA